AUGUCAUAUCAAAAACAAUCAAAUCUAAGUAGUCGAACAAAACGAAGAAGAGUAGAAGAUGAGUUACGGAAUAUUAAUAUCAGUGAAGAUGUCAUGGUGGUUAAUUAUGAUAUUCCUUCUUUAAUUGUACCUAAUAAAAGUGGAUCACAAUCUAAAAGUAUAGUUGAAAUUGAUCUGCCAACAAAUCCAAAUGAAAAUAAUACUUUUACAAAUUUAAAUUUAAACCAAAAUCAACUACAAGAUAUUACUGAACUAACUGAUCAUCCAAUUUAUGACUCGGCUGAUGAUGAAAUAAAGUAUUUAUCGAGGGGUAAACCACUAUAA